UAUCCAUCGCCAAUAUGUGUCAAGGACCCCAGUUGUUGUACCUGUGUGGACACCCCACUGGGAUGAUGAAGUACCUCUAUUGUGACCGGGAAAGAAAAGCAAUCAAAGAUGGUCGUGAAUACGGCCUGUGUGAUCAAUGUCCUGACUACGAACGUGGAGGAUCACCCCAGUACCGAACCUUCAAAUGCAAAUAUUGUGUCAAGGAAGAACGCGGGCGUGAGAGAGCUCAGAAAGUGGGAAUCGAGUAUAUCCCUUGUAUCAAACCAUCCGAGACCUUCAAGAAAGCGAUUGAUGGUGCCAGAGCUCAGGAAUUGGGAAUCGAGAAUAUCCCUGCUAUUAAACCAUCCGAGACCUUUAAGAAAGCGGUUGAUGGUGGCAAGAACAUCGCGAGAAGAAUGACAGGAGGCUUGAAGAGAUCGGUCACCACUACUUUCAAGAAAAUUCGUGCGGGAACGAUGAAUUUGGUUCAGAAUCACCAGAAAUUCUGGGAUGUCGACCUGAACAGAAGCACCACUUUCCCUGUAGACAGACAGCAUCACGCCGAUGUUUGCCGAGGACCAGGUCCGAGUAGUACUAUUCGUCAUCGUCAUUUCCACCCCGACAAUGAUUGA